CAAAAACAGCAACAACACAUAAACCAACAACAACGGCAAAAACAGUAACAACACGUAAACCAACAACAACGCCAAAAACAGAAACAACACGGAAACCAACAGCAAUGCCAAAACCACCAUCAACGCCAAAAACAGUAACAACACGUAAACCAACAACAAAGCCAAUAACAGUAACAACACGGAAACCAACAACAAAGCCAAUAACAGUAACAACACUGAAACCAACAACAAUGUCGGAACUUGUAAAUCGUGAGAUGUCACUGGCAAUAGACGAGACUUACGAUGCAAGCCUGAAUAACCGAAACAGUGACAAAUUCAAGAAAUACAAAGCAGAUAUUGAGGAGGCAAUCCACAACAGCUACAAGAAUGUAAAAGGUUUCAUUUCUGCUACUGUCACUGGUUUUAGGCCUGGAAGUGUGAUUGUAGAAUUCUUUAUUAAAUCAUCUGAGGAGAUAAAGACUUCUGAGGAGAUAAGCCAAGCAGUUUACACCAACAUGAUAGCCCUCAAUUUCAAUGUUGAUCCACUUUCAGUCGCUAAAACUGAUAAGAUAGACAUGCGGAAAAGAGACACUGUGUUUCCUGAACAAAAGAUGACACUCUCCUGCCCUGACAUCAACCGCAUUGGGAAUAUAGACUGGAGAUUUCAAGGAGAAAAAAUACAGCCAAGCAGUCUUUAUAGUUUCACACCAGAUCGCCUUAACCUUACAGUAAAGAGUGUUAACAUCAGUAAUAAUGGUCGUUAUGAAUGCUUGUACAAUACAAGCACAGGACCACAAAUUGUCUGGGACAGAAUUGACUAUAUUAAGCCAUAUCCUAGUAUGCAAGUGCCUAAUAACAAGGCAUACAAAUGUGAAAAUCGGGAGGUGACACUCGACUGCUGUGUGCUUUCUUGUUAA